CAGACACCUCAUUCAAAAUGCCUACUGGGUCUUGUCUAUGUCAAACAGUGCGAUAUCAGUAUGAAGGCAGUCCUGUAAAGAAGGCCCUCUGCCACUGCCUGACCUGUCGUAAACUGUGCGGCAGCGCCUCAACAAACCUGUUGAUCCCCGCCGAUAAGUUUCAUCUCAAGAGCGGCUCCUUGAAAAACCACCAUGUCGACCAUGAGAGCGGCAUGCAGCUGACAACUGCCUUUUGUGAUACGUGCGGCGUGCAGGUGUACAAGACUGGAGACCGCCCGGAGUUCGAAGGAAUGAUUAUCCUCAAUGCAGGGACGGUGGAUGACGCUGCGAGCUAUAAUAAGAUGGCGCCAGAUGCAGAGCUAUAUAUGAAACACCGUGCUGAAUGGAGGCCUCCUUUGGCGUACGCAGCGCAGAAAAAGACGUUCGAUUGAUCUUUCCUAUCAAAAAGAAGUCAUGUCUUAUGCAUUCAGAUUGAAUCUUGGGAAAGAGAAAAGCAAAAAGUCCAUGAGGAAGUAAUGUGUGAGAUAAAAGAUAGUC